CGAGGAGAAGGAGGAGGAGGGGACGGGCCCAGAGCGAGCAGGAAUGGAGAGGAGGCGAAGGCGGAGAGGGGGGGCCGCGCUGUAAACACGGAGCGAGGGGUCGCAGGAGGAUCCGCUGGGCAGGGAACAGGGUUUGCUCUCUCCGCCGGCCCGAGAGGUGGGCCCUGCUUUGCUCAGAGACCCGCCCAGGUACCGGGAGCAGGUAGCACCUCGAUGCUGAACAGGAAAUAAGGAACACCCCUCACGCUUGCUGCUCCACCUUCCCUACGGGGAUCCAUGUCGCCUCAUCGCACCCAGUUCCCGGUGGCCUUCCAGCAUGUCCUGGUUUAGCGGCAUCCUGGUGCCCAAAGUGGACGAGCGGAAGACUGCUUGGGGGGAGCGCAAUGGGCCCAAGCGCCAUCGCCCGGCGCUUUGCGGCCCACGCUACAUGAGCUGCCUACAGGACCCGGAGCUGGAGCGUGGCGGCAGCGGUGGGCUGGGGCUGAACUGUUCGUGGCAGGAGGACCAUUAUGGCAAGAAGCAGCAACAGCCGCCCCCGCCGCUUCCAUCUGGGGCGGGGGAUUUGGGACUCAAGGCCGUGGACUUGGGCUUCGAGGACGGUGGUGCGGCGAGCGAGGCCAAAGGGCUCUCAGCCGGCGACUGUUGCCGGCGCCUCCUGCAGGUGUUCCGCUCCAAGCGCUUCCGCUCGGCCAAGCUGGAGCGCCUGUACCAGCGCUACUUCUUCCAGAUGAAUCAGAGCUCAUUGACAGUGCUCAUGGGAGUCUUGGUCCUGGCUUGUGGCAUCAUGUUGUUGUUCCACUGUGCCCCCGGCGCCCCCCACGUACCCUAUACCGCCGCCCUUGCUGUGGCGGCCACCCUCUUCCUCUCCCUCAUGGUCCUCUGCAACCGGACCGGCUUCCACCAGGACUGCAUGUGGGUGGUGAGCUACCUGGUCAUCGGGGCGCUGUGUGGGGUGCAGGCACUGUGCACUCUCCUGCUCUCUCCACGGAGCGCCUCCGAGGGGGUCUGGUGGAGUGUCUUCUUCAUCUACAUCAUCUAUACCCUGCUGCCUGUCCGCAUGCGGGUGGCCGUGCUGGCUGGAGCCGUCCUGUCUACGCUUCACCUGGCAAUCUCUUGGCAUCAGAAUAAGGCAGACUCCUUUCUUUGGAAGCAGCUUGGCGCCAACAUUUUGAUCUUCCUCUGUACCAACAUCAUUGGCAUCUGCACCCACUACCCCGCAGAGGUAUCGCAGCGCCAGGCCUUCCAAGAGACCCGUGGCUACAUUCAGGCACGGCUGCACCUGCAACGUGAAAAUCGUCAGCAGGAGCGGCUCCUGCUGUCAGUGUUGCCCCAGCACGUUGCCAUGGAGAUGAAGGAGGACAUCAACACGAAGAAGGAGGACAUGAUGUUCCACAAGAUCUACAUCCAGAAACAUGACAAUGUCAGCAUUCUGUUUGCUGACAUUGAGGGGUUCACUAGCCUGGCAUCCCAGUGCACGGCGCAGGAACUGGUCAUGACACUGAAUGAACUUUUUGCCCGUUUCGACAAGCUGGCUGCGGAGAAUCAUUGCCUGCGUAUCAAGAUCCUUGGCGAUUGCUACUACUGUGUCUCGGGGCUGCCGGAACCACGGGCAGAUCAUGCCCAUUGCUGCGUGGAGAUGGGUGUGGACAUGAUUGAGGCCAUUUCGCUGGUGCGUGAGGUGACUGGGGUGAAUGUGAACAUGCGCGUCGGGAUCCACAGCGGGCGCGUUCACUGCGGCGUGCUGGGGCUGCGCAAGUGGCAGUUCGAUGUCUGGUCAAACGAUGUCACCUUGGCCAACCACAUGGAGGCUGGUGGCAAAGCUGGGCGGAUCCACAUUACACGGGCUACGCUGCAGUACCUGAACGAGGACUACGAAGUAGAGCCUGGGCAUGGUGGCGAGCGCAAUGCCUACCUUAAAGAACACAACAUCGAGACCUUCUUCAUUGUGGGCUGCAGCCAGAAACGAAAAGAGGAGAAGGCCAUCUUAGCCAAGCUGCAGCGGGCCCAAGCCAAUUCCACUGAGGGGCUGGUGCCUCGCUGGGUGCCCGAGCGCUCGUUCCCCCGGACCAAGGACUCCAAGGCCUUCCGACAGAUGGGUAUUGAUGAUUCCAGCAAAGACAACCGAAGCACACAGGAAGCCCUGAACCCUGAAGAUGAGGUAGAUGAGUUUCUGGGCCGUGCCAUUGAUGCUCGGAGCAUUGACCAGCUGCGUAAGGAUCAUGUCAAACGUUUCCUGCUCACUUUCCAGAAGCCUGAGUUGGAGAGAAAGUAUUCCAAAAAGGUGGAUACCCGUUUUGGCGGCUAUGUGGCUUGCACCGUGCUUGUCUUCUGCUUCAUUUGUUGUAUCCAGUUUGUCAUCUUCCCGCACUCCCCACUGAUGCUUGGCGCCUACAUCACCAUCUUCGUCAUCCUGGCCACCAUCCUUUUCAUCUGCGCCAUCUAUUCCUGCCUUGGCCCCUUUCCUGCUGCCUUGCAGCGUGUCUCCCGCAAGAUCAUCCAAUCCCGAAUCAACAGCACAAUCACCGGUGUGGUUGCCAUCCUGCUUGUCUUUAUCUCUGCCUUCGUCAACAUGUUUGCUUGCAGCCGGCUGCGGCUCCAAGACUGCGCUGCCAGGUUUCUCAACGUCACUCCAGCGGAAGUGGGGCCCUGCGAACUCCAUGUCCUCAACUACUCGUUGGCGUCAGACGUCCUGCCCUGCCAGGGAAACGGUGCUUCGACCUGCAGCUUCCCUGAGUACUUCACUUACUCGGUGCUGCUGAGUCUGCUGGCCUCCUCUGUCUUCCUGCACAUCAGUAGCCUUGGGAAGCUCGCACUGCUGGUGGUGAUGGAGGUUGUGUACCUGGCCCUGGCUGAAGGCCCCCAGGGGGUGCUUUUUGACAACUAUGACUUACUGGUGGCCGCCAAUACUCUGACAGCCCUCAAUGGAACCUACAGUACUAAAGACUGGACAGCCUUCAAUGAGACCCAUGGUAAAAACUGCCCUGCAGAGGGGAAAAUCGCCCUGCAGUACAUGACACCGGUCAUUCUGCUGCUUUUUGCUUUAGCACUCUAUCUGCACGCCCAACAGGUGGAAUCUACUGCCCGUCUAGACUUCCUCUGGAAACAACAGGCUACAGGCGAGAAAGAGGAGAUGGAAGAGCUGCAGGCCUACAACCGCCGGCUGUUGCACAACAUCUUGCCCAAAGACGUGGCCGCUCACUUCCUGGCCCGGGAGCGCCUCAACGACGAGCUCUACCACCAGUCCUGCGAGUGCGUGGCUGUCAUGUUCGCCUCCAUCAGCAAUUUCUCAGAGUUCUACGUGGAGCUGGAAGCCAACAAUGAGGGCGUCGAAUGUCUGCGGCUGCUCAAUGAAAUCAUUGCUGACUUUGACGAGAUUAUUAGCGACGAACCGUUCAGGCAGCUGGAGAAGAUAAAGACAAUUGGCAGUACUUACAUGGCAGCUUCGGGGCUCAAUGACAGCACCUACGACCGUGAGGGGCGCUCCCAUAUAACAGCACUGGCCGACUACGCGAUGCGGCUUAUGGAACAGAUGAAAUAUAUCAAUGAACACUCUUUCAAUAACUUCCAAAUGAAAAUUGGGCUAAACAUUGGGCCAGUAGUGGCUGGGGUGAUUGGAGCCCGAAAGCCACAGUAUGACAUCUGGGGCAACACCGUGAAUGUCUCUAGCCGUAUGGACAGCACUGGCGUUCCUGACCGUAUUCAGGUGACAACUGACCUCUAUCAGGUAUUGGCAGCCAAAGGUUAUCAGCUGGAGUGCCGCGGCAUCAUCAAGGUCAAAGGCAAAGGCGAGAUGACCACCUAUUUCCUGAAUGGGGGCCCUACCAGUUAGCAAGAGCCUUUACUGCAAAGGGACCUCUUAAGCUGGGCUUCGGCAGCAUGGGGUUGAUUGGUUCUCUCUCUUUCUCUCUCUCUCUCUCUCUCUCUCUCUCUGGAUUUCUGACACACCCUCCUGAAAGGGAAACCCCUCAAGAUGUCCAAAAUCAGAUCCUCGACGGCGCUGAAAAAGUGGAGAUGUCAGGGGUCACUCUGCCCCCGUAAGAGACUUGUUUGUUUUUUAAUUUAUUGGGAGCAAAGCCUAACUUGGAGUGCCCCCUUUUGGGCCCGUGUGGGUGCUAUUUUGGGGUAAAGAAAACAAAUUCUUUGUUGAAAACCUUCUGCCUCUCCUGGGGUCAACCAAAGAACCUGAUGAGGGGAAGCUGCAGCAGGGGUUACAGACCCCCACCCAUUUCUCUUUGUGGAUCCAGAAAGCUGACGUUCGGCUUUAUCGUGGAAGGGGAGGUUGUUCCUCCCUCCUCCCUCCCCCCCUAUGAUUUUGAGAGGGGCCCUUCCUUUUUCAUGGUGCCCUUUGCCGAGACUUUCAGGAACCGCAGCGGUGGCACUGUUCUGGUGGGGAGGCGGCUUGCCCCCUAAUGCAUUUUGAUUGUUGCAUCCUUCAGCAACACCCACUCUGUCUGUCUGCCUGUCUAUCCGUCUCUCUCUCUCUCUCUCUCUCUCUCUCUCACGCACACACAUUCACUGUGAAGUUUGGGAAUGUGUCUCUUUUGUGGUGAGGAGUUGUCGUUUGGAGUACAGUUCUCAUUUGCCAAAUUGCUUUUGUCUGGCUGGAAUUAAGGGGAGUUGUGACAAGCACUGGGGUUACUCCAGGAAAAGGGCCUUGGGGCUGUGGUUUUGAUGCCAAAGAGAAGGCAGGGAAUGGGCCUUGUUCCCUUCACCUCCCCUGCUAUUCCAUCGCCCAUGAUAAAUAGCCAGGGAAAGAGGUAUCCUACCAUAUGCAGAUGCAACCUGCCUGAGGUGCCUGAAGUUAGGGAGGGGUGGGGGAAUGGUUUUAUGUGCAUCCCAUCCCUUCUACCUUCCUGCUGGAGGAGGGGGGGGCUUCUUCCUACACAUUGGGACCCUAAAAGAAGAGAAGCAGCCAUUCUUCAACAGGAGCCCCCUCUCCCGGAACUGGAAGACUGAGCAAACGCCUUCCUUCCAGUACACUUUUAUGAGACUUUUGUUACAAAGUGCCAAGUCUCUCCUCUUCCCUCCCCACCCGCCGAAGUUUCCUCAUGAUUUUCCAUGAGGCAGCUGGUCGUUCUGGCCUUGCUUUGUGUGUGUGUGUGUGUGUGUGGUGAGGGGGUGGGGGAAUGGCCCACAUCUCACAGCGCCAGAAAAGUUCAUGUACCCUCCCUUCCGCCCUCUCUCUUUCUCCCCAUGUCAGCUGGGGCGCUUAUGCGAAAUGGUUUUUGUAACCUGGACUGUGAACAUGGUGGGACCUCCCUUCCCUAAGUGCUUGCCUGCUCUUUUUAAUGGGCAGCAACUGCCCUUGUGCAUAGCCUAUGUCACCUUGGGGCAGGCUAGGCAAGAGGAGAAAAGUGAAUGUUUCGAAAAUCAAACCACCCAACCCAGAUCUCCCCACUCCCUCUAGGGCUAGUGCUAAAAUGGCUCAGUUGUAUUCCUUGGGGGAGACGUGUGAGUGGAGUGGGCGAUAUGGCACUUAUUUGGUACUUUUUUUUUCUUUUGUGUGUAUAUAUAUAAAUUAUAUAUUAAAGAUCACUUUCUAUUA